AUGACAUUCUAUACGCGGGGGGUGGGGGAUACAACAGGAGAAGCGGAUAUGGCAAAAAUGUGUGAAAAAUAUUGUUUUGAUUUUUUUAAAAUUAUUUAUCUUUCUUUUUCAAUAUUCCUCCUGCUAACUGUUUCAUCAUCACAAUUUCUUCACUUCCAUUCUUUUUACUAAUUAAAUCCAAUCACGCCAAAAUGUCGCUUCUCUUCAAUAAAUUCCCUUGACUUGGGUGUAUAAUGUCGGCGGAAAAUUUUAAAAUCGGAUCAGUAAUAGUAAAGUAUGGAGGUAAGAAACUUUUAGUGAAAAUCGAAAAAUAUAUAGCAACAGAGCGUUCAUCCAAGAAAAUGUCAUAGAACUGGGUUAAAAUAAGAACCAAAAUCCACUUUUCUUCCUCUCCUGGGGGGUGGGGGUAACAUCGAAAUAAGCAUAGCGCAAAAAU